AUGCGCAGCGACUGGCAACAUACAGUGAUUGAUCUCACCCAUGACGCCGAUGAGGAAUACAAUGCCAGACGCCGUCAAUCGUUGCCUGUAGGGGUAGAUUACUCUGCGAGGCACGAUGUAUCUUUACCUCCCGUCCCAGGACUAAACCCUCGCGUUCCUGCACCGAAGCCGACAAACGUAUACUAUCCACCUCCUCCCGGAAGCAGUCCACAAUAUGUGCAGGCCCCAUCCACAAAUCCUGCAGUACGGCAACAGGCGCAGACACUACACGAAAACAUGCGACCGACAGUCGCGAGGCCGAUAAGUGCGAUUACCAUGUCGCAAAACAACGGUGUACUGGUGUCCUCGCAAAAACAUAAUGGGUACACCUACGAUGCGCCAUUUGGAGCCGACAGGGCAGCCAAGAGGGCUAAGAUAGAGCCUACAGGCCCGCCGUCUUUCACGUCAAACAGAACACUUCCUGCUCAACAAACAAGUUCGCCCUCAUUCCAUGCACCGCAAAACGCAAAUUACUUUGGUGCCCCUUUUGGGUUGUCAUGGAAAGAAGACAAGGAUGCUUCCACAGCUAACAUUUUAACUUCGGACGUGGCCGGAUCACAACAACCCACAGGCAAUGCUUUGGUCAACCACCAAUCAGUCUUAGCAUCCGACCAUUUCCGCCCGACUGCGCCUACGGCCGAGUCGACGAUGCCGGCCAUGGACCCUUUCACGACUCGCGCAAAACGUCGCAAGACGGUUCACAAACCAUUCGACACAGCUCAGGACCACUUACUAAUAUUCCUAAAGGAAAUCAAACAAUACAAGUGGUCGGAAAUUACUGCAGAAUACAACAAGGAUAUGCCGUACCGGGAGUAUACUACACUCCAGAGUCGCUAUUCUACAGUCUUGAACAAGAGGGAUCGGUCCCAAGAUCCACCGACUUUGGUCUUACCCCCACGCUUCGCCGCAGAGGCGAGCAUAGACUGGUCGCGAAUUCAUGGAAACAGAUUUGUCGCGCCCAAAACACAAUCAGUGCAACAGACAAUUGAAUACGACUAUUCUUCUGGUGGUGAUUCUGCGCUUUCUCGGGAGCGGCCACGCCGUGCGCAACGCAUUAAUUACACAUGGCCAAAACAGCGCAUCAGGGCAGGAGACGUGUUUGCUGACGAUCCUACCGACGAGCAUGCUGACGAGCAUGUGUUUGGAGAGAUGUUCAAUGACACCUUACCUACACGGUCUGAAACCCCAGAAGAUGACUCACCUCCACCUGAUACAGCCUUUACUGUCGAUAAUGACCCAGUAGAAGUUGAGUUCAACGCUGGAGACGCGAAGUUGGUGAUGGAUCUGUAUAAGAAUUUUCGUGAUGCUCCAUCAAGAUUGGUGCCAUACCUGAGCAUAUCAGAGCGUAAGAUGAUGCAGAACCCUCCUGGAUUCUGUUGGGAUCAGCUGUCGAGUCGCAAAUGGCAAGGCUCAUUACUUCAUGUGGAUUUUAGCCCAGCUGAAAUCAAGAUUGUGAAAAAGACCAUUGUCUCAAUCAAAAGGCCCUUGCAAUUGAGACACAGUACAAAGCGAAGACAACUUCGAGAACUUCUGAAGGGUUUUUCCGAGCCUAAGAUGCUCAAACUAGUGGAAGUUCUGCGACAACGUCUCCCUUGUCGAGAUAGAAGCAGCAUCGAAGCGUUUGUGGAAGAUGCACAGGAUGGACAAAUCCCCGAGGUUUCGCACGUCCAAAGACUUGCAGCUGCUCGGCCCGAUGUCUCUAUGAGCUCGACACAAAAACCGUCUACGACGUCAAUCAUACGCCAGCGCGAAUUGGGAUGCCAGUCAAGGAGGGGGUGGCAAGCUGCUGCAAAGCCUCUUACAUACCAAGUCAAGAAUCAAAUCAUGGACACAAUCGGCCCAUCGGCGUUCUGGACAGGCGCUUCUAGCGACAUACACACUGUGGCAUGGGCUCCAGAUGGUGAGCGAUUCGCGGCAGGCGCAGUCGCUGUAGAUGACCCAGACUCUAUGCAAUACAACAGACCUAACAAUUUGCUUUACGGCAAUAUGAUCCAUGGCUCAAUACAUGAACUGGCUGAACACUAUAGGAAGCGCGAAAGGACCGAGGCCGGUGCUAACUCGAGCCAUGCCAUGUUUGCAUCACAAGACCCAAAGCUAUACUCUACAGUCAGUUCUGUGGCCUUUUCAACCAGCGGCAGAUAUUUGUACUCAGCAGGCUACGAUAGCCACAUUGGCAUAUGGUAUACUGAGGGCGACGUCGUGCAACCGAUCCUGGGUGCAAAACUGAAUGUCAAGGAUCCGAUCGAUAUUCUCUCGGUCAAUCGCUCCAAUGCUGGAGUCCUAGCAACUGCAGCUCGUGUCGCUCGAAGGUCAAUACGGGUGCUUAGAAUAAACGAAGAGGAUCCUUCCAAGUUUGACAAGUUCAGCUAUGAGUCCGUUAGAGCCAAUGAACGACCUGAUUUAAAGAUCCUGCCUACCGCGAUACAGUUCGAGCCCAAGUAUGGUGGCCUCCUUCUGGCUGGGUUCGGCGCUAAUCUGAAAGAGACUGGUUUUGACACUACUGGAGAUCUUUGUUUGUGGGACAUCCAGGCCGAAAGCGCACUCCCUAUCCAUGGAUCGAGCAAAAACGUCUUUGAUGUUGCAUUCAACCCCAAUCGUUCAUGGAUGCCGUACUUUGCAGCUGGAUGUGUGGCUGGAGGUGGCAAAGCUAACGGAGGAAUGCGGUCAUGUAUCAGAUUGUACGACAUCAAUAAUCUCAACAAGUUCACCUCUCCCAUGGAAUUCGACUGCAAGGCCUUGGACAUCAAUGAUGUCAUUUGGUGCCCACAUGACGAGCAUCUUAUUGCAGCUGGGUGCACGGAUGGUCGAGUCUAUGUGUGGGAUGGUCGAUGGCCAGAUGAUCCUCUACGCGUUGUUUCACACGGCCGGUCCUUGAUGCCGUUACAAGAAGGAGUCAAACAUGAAAUCACUGAUACUGGUGUGAGAUUCUUAUCCUGGGGCGAGAACGCUACAAGACUCUACUCUGGAUCUUCCGACGGCGUUGUCAAGGUAUGGGAUGUCACAAGAGCCAAGGAGGACACAUUCAUCAAGGAUGUCAUUACCACAAACUCAGGCAUCAUGUCAGGCGCAUUCAAUGCCGACUACAGCAAGCUCAUCAUCGGUGAAGUCAACGGCUCAGCUAAUGUGCUUGAGGUGGGCAGAGAUGACGUCACGCCCAAGGACGCAGAGAAGCUUCGCUAUCUUUCUUACCAAGACCACGAGCAAGACGAGAUUCAGGACCACGAGACUGGCGAAAUGACCGUGCCAGUACCCGAAUCAGGAAUCGCCGAGGCCCGCCAUCUACUCGGUACCGGCCAAAUGCAGCUUGCACCUAUGGGCGGCUUUCCGAUCCGACAAGCAGUUCAAGGACCGCAAUACAUGGGCCCAUUCGACCAGAGCGUCGAUGCGCCGUUUCUGCGUCAACAAGCUCUCGAGCUUCAACUUGAUCUUGCGACAGCACGUGGGCUGCAAUGUGACAUCGCAGCCUGUCGAGAAAAUCUCAUCAAGACGACCAGCGAGGAGGUGGGCGAUUCAGGAAGAAGUGGAGACCGCGUGCCGGAUGAACUACGUCUGCAAUGGAAGACGGUUGAUACCACACACAUUAUACCUGGUAAAUCACGAUGUACACAAUGCGGACGCCCAGCUCGCCCGGCUACCGACUCCACUUCCAACAUCCUCUGUGAGCGCUGCUCUUUUGCCUGUUUCCGCUGUAACGCGGUCAAUGCUGUCGAUCCCGCCACUACGACGUUGGUGUGCAGUGCUUGCGGUGGUGUCUGGGAUAUUGGUGUACUAGGUUAUGAGUGUGUUCAGCAGCCUGCGUUCAAGGGCGAGGCCCUUAACGUGCCUAAUUUGAAGAAAUGGGGCAAGGAAGUGCACGCUGAGAAACUUGAGGCUUUUGACACGGACUUUGGAGAUGAUAUGAAUGCGUUGACGGACUACUACUAUUCGUUGGCAAUUACUGAACCAGAGAAUCCGCCGCUUUGA